ACGUGGUCGGCGGAUAGAUAACUCGCAGGACAGUAAAAGUAAUCUAUACGUACAUAUUUAUAUCCUUGGUUUGAUCGUCAAAGUACUUGAGUAACGCCAUGGAGUGUGAAGCAGAAGGCGGCCCGGGCGACAACCAGAACCAGAACCGAGUUUCCGUCGCUCACAGCAAACCCGGCCAAGAGCGUGAAAAACUCCUCGUCUUCAGAGUUUACAAGAGAAGAUGGCUGGUUCUGCUGCUGCUGUGUCUGCUGAACUGCUCCAACUCAAUGUUAUGGUUGACUUUCGCUCCAGUAGCAGACCAGUCGGCCCAGUACCUGCAGGUUUCCCUGGACCAAAUUAACUGGCUGUCUAUGGUCUUCAUGGUGGUAGCCAUACCACUAAGCCUAGGAACCACCUGGAUGUUGGACACCCUUGGGCUACGGAUCACGCUGGUCUUGGGGUCCUGGGUCAACAUGUUGGGAGCUCUGCUGCGCUUCAUUGGGGCAUCAGGGAUUGUUCCUCAAGGCACCCGCUAUCUGAUUGUGAUGUCAGGACAGACCGUGUGUGCCCUGGCCCAGCCCCUGGUCAUCUUCGCCCCCACCAAACUGGCGGCACUCUGGUUCCCCGAGCACCAGCGUGCCACGGCUAACACCAUUGCCUCCAUGUCCAACCCCUUGGGAGUUCUGUUCGCCAACAUCUUCUCACCUAUGAUUGCCAGCGGGUCAUACAACAAAAUCCCUUUCCUGCUGCUUGUCUAUGCAAUUCUUGCGUCCAUCAUCUGUUUCCUAGCAACCACUGGGAUCCGCAGCAGCGGUCCCCCAACACCGCCAUCGGCUAGUGCCGAAUCCUCCAGCUCUGAGCCCUUCCUACUCGGGAUUAAACUGUUACUGAAGAACAAGGCCUAUAUGAUCCUGCUGCUGUGCUUCGGUUCGGGUAUUGCAGUAUUCACUUGCUUCUCCACCCUACUGGAACAGAUCCUGUGUGUACGCGGCUACACCACAGACUUUGCUGGCUUGUGUGGUGCUCUCUUCAUCAUCUUUGGUGUCGUGGGGGCCGGCAUCCUGGGUCUGUAUGUCGACAAGACCAAAAAGUUUAUUGAAGCCACCAAGGUCAAUAUGAGCUUCAGCGCUCUGGCAUGCAUCGCCUUCUCAUUGGUCUCUCAGAUGCGAGGGCAGAAAGCUGCUGUGGCCGUCGUCUGCUCUCUCUUUGGCUUUUUCGGGUUCUCCAUUUAUCCCAUAGCCAUGGAGCUUUCUGUCGAGUGUUCCUAUCCUGUGGGAGAGGCAACGUCGGCCGGACUCAUCUUCAUUUCAGGACAGAUUCAGUCUGUGUUAUACAUAAUCCUCGUUCAGACACUGACCAAACCAAUAACCGACGUACCUUUCUCCACCUGUUCGACAGCAGACUUGAGUUGGAGGGUGUCUGUGCUGGUGAUGGCGGGCCUGUGCAGUGUGUUCACCUGUGGCUUCAAUAUUCUCUUUAGUACGACGUACAAGCGACUGGAGGCGGAGGCUGAAGCCACCCAGGGGACCAAACAAACCAACGGGCUAUCCAUUAGGGACUGUUCGCCUGGCACAGAGGCACAGUACCAGGAAAGGGAACACAAUGAGGGAAACAGCCCUCAGGUUUCAUUGUCAGCUUGACAUUGUCAACUUAGCAAACCAGCCGGUGGAAUUCCCCUUGACCCAGAGAAGAAAAUUUGUCCCCAAUAUUUUU